AUGAGAACUCUGUUCCUCCAUUUAUUCCUAUUCCUAACCAUUACUAGUAUUACCACCCUCAUUACUGCUGUUGAAAGCAACUGUAUUGAAGAUCAGCAACUAUCACUACUCCAUUAUAAGAAAAGCCUUGUAUAUGUAAUUGAGCCUCCUUCCCCCAGGCUUAUUACAUGGGACUCAAAUAUUGAUUGCUGUUCUUGGCUUGGUGUAACUUGCAGCACUAAUGGAUAUGUUAUCGGACUUGACCUCAGCAACGAGUUUGUUUCAUGCAACAUCGACAGUUCCAGCAGUAUCUUCCAACUUCAAUAUCUUGAGAGCCUCAAUUUGGCCAAUAACGUCUUCAGUGGCUCUAAAAUUCCAUCUGCAAUUGGAAAGCUUACUAAUCUGAGGCAUCUAAAAUUAGCCAGUGGCUAUUUUACUGGGCAGAUUCCCGUGGAGGUUGCACGCUUGACAAGGUUGGUUACUCUUGAUCUCUCUAGAAACAAUUACGAUGGGGUAUCGUUGAAAUGUGAGAAUCGAAGUUUAGGCAUGCUAAUUCAGAAUCUCACAGAGCUUGAGGAGUUAUAUCUUGAUGCAGUAGAGAUAUCUACACAGCAGAGUGACUGGUGCGAAGCCAUAUCAUCUUCACUGCCAAAUCUGAUGGUGUUGAGCUUGUACAGUUGUGGUCUUUCAGGCCCUUUAUGUGAGUCCCUUGCUACUAUCCAAUCUCUAUCUGUGAUUCACUUAGAUAGCAACUACUUCAAUUCUCCAGUUCCGAGAUCCUUUGCCAAUCUUUCAAACUUGACUUCCUUGAGCCUUUCUCGUUGUAACUUGUUGGGAACAUUUCCGAAAGAGAUCUUCCUUAUUCAUUCCCUUCAAUCCAUUGAUCUUUCUAGUAAUCUAGAACUUGGUGGUUCCUUUCCAGAGUUUCCAAAGAAUAGGACAGAACUCUCAACCAUAUCUCUUUCACAUUGCAAGUUCACUGGAUCCCUCCCCAAGUCAAUUGAAAACCUCACACAAUUGGUAGACAUGGACAUUUCAUGGAACAAGUUCAAUAGUCCUAUCAGUUCUAUUCACUGGGAAGCCCUUGUUCAUCUGGAAAGCCUUGACUUGAGCAACAAUCUUUUCUAUGGGAGCAUUCCAUCAUCUAUUGUUUCUCCUCCCUUGCUGGUUGCAUUAGCGCUUUCCAAUAAUCAUUUCUCUGGUCAAGUCCCUGAAUUUUCCAAUACACCAUCGCAGUCACUUCGCAACCUUCUUUUGGGAAACAACAAUUUGGAAGGAGAAAUACCAACAUCUAUCUUUAAUCUUCAAGGGCUUAUGUAUCUUGAUAUUUCUUCAAACAACCUCAGUGGCUUCCCUUUUACUGGUCCUCAGCAGCCCAGAACUCUUUCAUUUCUUGACCUUUCCCACAAUAACUUGUUGUUUGAUUACAAUGGUACAAGUACCUCCUUCCUUCAGAUUGAAGUAUUGUUAUUGGCUUCAAACAAGUUGAGAGGAUUCCCAGAUUUCUUGAAGAAUCAAUCCACACUUUGGCGACUGGACCUUUCAAGAAACCAGAUUCCAGGCCAAAUACCUGAUUGGAUUUGGAGGCUCAAUUCCCUUUUACUCCUAAAUCUUUCUUCUAACUCCAUUGUAACUCUAGAACCUCUUCUUCCUAAUUCUACUUGUAUGUUAGCAAAUCUUGACCUUAGUUCUAACAAGUUGAGAACACUCCCAGACUUCUUGAGAAAUCUGUCCACAUUAAGUUACUUGGAUCUUUCAAACAACCAAAUUCAAGGCCAGAUACCCAAUUGGAUUUGGAGGCUCAAUUCUCUUAAAGAACUGAAUCUUUCUCGUAACUCUUUGGAAACUCUAGAAGCUCCUUUACCUGAUUCUGGCGUCACUUCUCUUGAUCUUCACUCAAACCAGUUCCAGGGAAAAAUCCCAUUGUUCCUGCCAUCUGCCCAUUUUUUGGAUUACUCGAGAAAUAAUUUUAGCUCUAGUAUACCGAUUGAUAUUGGUAGUUUCAUCUCUCAAACAAAUUUCUUCUCUCUAUCAAGCAAUAACUUGCAUGGAACCAUUCCAAGCUCAAUCUGCAUUACAACUGGUAUGGUUCUUGAUCUGUCCUAUAAUGCUUUGAGUGGCAUCAUUCCACAAUGCUUGACUCAACUUUCACUUGCAGUCCUUGACUUAAGGACAAACAACCUUACUGGCACUAUUCCUGAUAAUUUUCUUGAGCAUUGUAAGCUACGAACUCUUGAUCUCAGCGGAAAUCAGAUACAAGGUCAGUUUCCAAAAUCUCUUGUCAACUGCUCAAGUUUAGAGAUUUUAAGUCUCGGAAACAAUCAGAUUACAGAUACAUUUCCAUGUUUGUUGAUGACCAUGUCCACAUUGCGUAUCCUUGUUUUGCGAUCCAACAAAUUUUAUGGUAGCUUUGGAUGUCCCAAGACCAACAACACAUGGCCUAUGCUGCAAAUUAUAGAUCUUGCACACAACCAUUUGAAUGGUGAAAUACCAGGAACUUCUUUUGCAACAUGGCAGAAAAUGAAGGUCAGCGAAGAUGAAUUCCUAGCGAACCUUGGAUUUUCAUACGCACCUCUGUACACAACUGAGACUAUCGGGCUUGAAGUUUAUUACAGAGAUACAAUAACAACCAUCAUCAAAGGUUUGCAGUUGAAUCUAGUAAAGAUUCUAACUAUCUUCACCUUGAUUGACUUCUCCUCCAACAACUUUAGCGGAUCGAUACCUAAGGAAAUUGGAGAGAUGAAAGCAUUGUAUGUCCUCAACUUAUCUGGUAAUGCUUUCACAGGUGAAAUCCCAUCAUCUUUUGGAGACAUGAGAACCAUAGAGUCCUUAGACCUCUCACAGAACCGUCUAAGCGGCCACAUUCCCCAACAGUUUGCAAAUCUCAAUUUCCUUUCGUUUUUGAAUGUCUCAAAUAAUCAACUGGUGGGCAAAAUACCAACUAGCACUCAGUUUUCAACAUUUCCAAAUACUUCCUUUGAAGGCAACCAAGGGUUAUGGGGGCCUCCUCUGACAUCGGAUACACUAGCUUCAUUGCCACCACCUACGUCAAAUGGAAGUUCAAAUAACCCGAAUUCUGGAGAUGAGAUUGAUUGGGAUAUUAUCAGUGUUGAAAUUGGAUUUACAUGUGGAUUUGGAAUGGCCAUUGGAUCACUUUUGUUUUGCAAAAGAUGGAGGGAACGGUAUUACAAAGUAAUGUGCAACAUUCUUUUGAAGAUAUUUCCUCAGCUUGAACAAAGAUUUGGUAAUCAUAGAAGACAUGUUUACAUAAACACAAGGUGGAGGCACUGA